CCAGGAUAUUUGUCACGUGACCAUAAAAUGUUGGACAUUUAUACAGGUUAAUUGGCAGUAGAUAGAAAUUAAACACAGGUGGAUUAUAAAAAUUGAAACAUGAAACACGUCUUUUUGUUUCUAUUAGUGUUAAGUUUAUCAAGUUAUUCGUGGGGGAAAUGGGCAGUGGGAGAAAUAAAUACACUGGAGGACUGGGUGUUCCUUACCAGGUUUUGCUUCCUCUCUGACAAGGGGACUUUGAGAUUUGAGUUUGAGUACCCAGUUGAAUAUGGCCCUCAGAAUAUCUUGCUGUAUUUUGACACAAAAGACCAAUGGCCAGCAGUUUACAAAACUGACAAGAGCUGCAUAGACAAGGUGGAAGUGGCGGCCAUAGAGCGUGGACAAAGGCUUCGACUGGAACCAAGACCUCUUACUGGCAGCACUCCGGUUCCCCUCCCUACAUACAUAGAUUGCGCGUAUAAAACAAUAAAUAACCAGAAUAUGGUGGUUUGUGAUGAUGGUCGGUAUUUUAAGUCUGCACGUGAAAGGUGGUGGUAUAUCGCCAUCAGUCGAUGUCAGGAAGCAAACUAUACUGCACUUCCUGUUGGUAUCAAACUGAAGUACAAGAUUCACAUGACCAAUGGGGCAGUGGGAGACUACUUGCACAGGGAAUAUUCUGCUGAUGAAUUCUAUAUUCUGCCAAUAGACAUUGCCUUCCUGAUAGUAUACGUGGUGCUGUGUGUUCUGACAGUAGUCUGUGCAGUGUUAUUGCGCAAUCGUCAGCUGUGGCACACGACCUACAAGAUGUACAUGGUGUCAGUGAAGCUGUGGACAUUCUAUCUCUUCCUCAUGUGCAUAGCCUAUGGCACCUAUGGAAAUGAUGGGAAUGGUGACAAGUUGCAGUUCAUCAAAUCUUUCGCGCGGGCCUUUGAAGCUAUCAGUAUUAUGGUCUUUCUGCUGAUGUUGAUUCUGGUUGGCAAGGGUUACACGAUCACACGUGGCAAGCUGAGUAAUGUCUCCACAGUCAAGAUCUCCGUGUUUAUGACCCUCUACACCAUCACCUAUGUUGUCAUCUUCAUCUGGGAAGCUAUCAUCUUUGACCCGGGUCUGGUCCUGUACCUGUACGAGAGCCCCCCAGGGUAUGCCCUAAUCGCCAUGAGGAUAAUCGGCUACCUCUGGUUUUGUUACUCGAUAUUCUUCACUCUCAAACACUACCCGGAGAAGAGGACCUUCUAUUACCCACUCUUUGUCUUUUAUACUUUAUGGUUUUGGGCUGGUCCCAUAGUGAUUUUAGUGGCCAGUAAUGCCAUAGCUCUGUGGUCCAGAGAGAAAACAGUUGUAGGAGUAGAAAAUUUUGUCUCAUUUUGUGGCCAUGUUUUUUUCCUGAUUUUAACCCGUCCAUCUGCAGCAAAUAAGAACUUCCCUUACCAUGUGCGGACAACCCAGAUCGGUAUCAUGGAGAAUGUCCCGCACCACAUGUCACAGGGGGAGGAGGGCAGUUUUACCCCUGGGGUGGCCUACGCGGUCAGUAACCCCAUGAUGGGGUCAAGCAGUGGCCCUGACCUCACAAAUCUGUUUGUGACCUCGAGGACAAAGUCCAUGUCAGAGCAGGGAGAGAAAUCUGAAACGUCCUUCAACAACAACUACUCGAAUGGAAAUGGUUCUGUGCAUAAUUCACAACCGCCUGAGUACACAACUUUCCCUUCCCCCUCUGCCCCGCCCCCGGUAUACAUGGAGCUGUUUCAAGCUCGUAACAGCAUCGCUGAGUAACUGACCCCUGACCUGCAUCACCAUGGAGACUGGGUUUUCAUGACUACACUAUUGCCUUGUUGUUAUCACUAGGACAUUGACUAGUGCCCAUAACCUUAAAUUUGUUUUGAUGAAUCUUGACUUUUAAGUUGUGUUGAAAAGAACCUAAUUCAUUUUGUAGUCUGUUAUAUCUCCACUUUUGUUAAAAAUGCACCCACUGGUUCUGAUUAAAAUGGUCCAGUCAAGAGAUUAUUGCCAAUAAAGGUUGUGAACUAUGUUUUACAGUAUUGAAAAUUUUAAUCGUUAAUUGACAAUAUAACAUAUGAGACAUUUUACCUGAGUCAUAUUUCGGGACACAAUAAUAUUCUUAUCCUUAGCUUUUUCUGGGGAGUUUUAUGGAUGUUGGUCCAGGAUUGCAGAUUUAUCUCUUUUUUUUCAAACUGGCUCUCAAAAAAAGAUCUGAACAUACCAUGUCCUGUGAUUGGUGAUGUGCUUUCUCAUGUUUGCAAAAUAAAUAUGAAUGCAGUUUAAUAUAAAUUUCUUUCUGUUAGCAUUUAUUAUGCUUUAAACAUGUACAUAUUUUGUUACAACGACUGUCUUACACUUAAUUGUUGUCUUUGAAAGAGAUGGCAGUUUUAAUCUAUUUUCUACCAUUUUUCCAUAUACAUUCAUCCAUCCACAUGUGAAAACAACAGCCGAUUAAAGGCAUGUGCUUAACAGCAACAAGUUGUAAAUUUAUCUAAGAUUAAUUUUUUCAAAACACUGAAAUAUCUUUGAUUCCUUUAGAUAUAAUUAUGUAUGAUUACCAAAUGUAUAUUGCUUUUUCAUAAGCUAGUUCAUGUGCUUAGAAGCUAGUUCAUGUGUAGAAUCUCCAAAGAAAGUAAACAAUAAUACUAUGCAAACAAAUUAUGGCCAAUUGUACUUGCAAACAGUUUUGCAAAGAGGUUGUGAAUUUUUAAGCCCAUUCAAUUCAUUGAGUAAUGCUUAAUAUUUAAUGAUUGAUUUAGAUCAACAAAUUGCUAUAAUCAUAAUAACAUUUUACGUGAUUUUCUGAAGAAACAAUACAUUUUUACCAAUGAUAUUUAUAAAAAAAAGUUGAGUGUUUUUUAUUGUACAGUUCGAUGACAAAAAAUUCACUCAUGUUUGAUUAUCAUACCCAUGUUUUACACUCAUGUUACCAUGGUACCCAAAAUGUAAGGAGUCUAUUUACCAUGGUUACCAAAAUUUUCAAUAGUGUAAGAAAAAUCGUUACCAAGGUGUAAUGCAUACUUAAAGUGUUGUUCUUGAGGAAAUCGUAACCAAGGUGUAUCGAUUCUUUUAGCCCCUGUGUGAAGUUUUUUUCUGGCUACCAAACAAUGGAAUGUCUUCCAACACAAUGGUUGUUUGUUAUCUUGUUAGCAUGGUAACCUUCAGAUAAUUUGUCAUUGUCACAUCCCUUUCUUUUUUGUUUUCUUAAGGUUUGUUAUUUGUUUGGUUACAUAGCUUUUUAUGUUUUUAUGAUAUUUUUAAGUUGAUUCACAGAUUAACUGUGAGAUCAAUUCACAGGGAAAAAUACCCGGUACUGGGAAAUGUUGUCAUUAUUUUGUGGCAUGAACAAAUGAAUUUGCUUAUUUCUUUUUCAUAGCAUUUCAAAAGUUAAAAUUUAUUUGAAUAUUUUAAAUUGUUAGUUUUUGUUUUUUAACAGCCGAUUUAUUUAAUGUGUAUUUUAUGAACACAAUUUAAUUAAAACAUUCCGUCCAUUAUUAAAAUGUAUACAUUACUUUGUGUCUGUAUAUUACUAUAUUUAUGACAUUUUUCUUUAAUAUAGUCUAUGGCAGUUGUUGUGAACAAUCAAGAUAUCUUUGAAACAAAUAACAUCUUUUUCCUUAUAAUGUGCAGUGUAAGUAAAGAGAAAUAGAUUAUGUAACAAUCAACACUUACUUUUCCACAACUUUAGUUUUUUGUCAAGCAUUUGUUAUUUCUCAAAGUGCAAUGGCUUAACUUCCAGCAAGGACAGAACAUAUCUAUUGUGACCGAUUUUCACAAUAAUGUCAUUGCUUAUUGUGAUUUCCAUCAGACAUGUCUAGACCUUGAUUGAAAUAGCAUGUCUCACACCAGAUGGCAAAUUCUCUGUCUAUCAGCAGCUAGAAUUGGCCAAGUUGUGAAGGUCACAUGAUACAGCUCUCUGAUGUAACUUUCCUGGCCUGCCACAUGUUUUUUGAAAACACAUUUUCUUGAGGAGAUAUGGUCCAAGCACACAUUUAGCUGUUAACUGUGUAUUUCUCUUUGAAUUAUUUGUAUGUUUGUUAUUUUGUUUUACUCUUUUUGGUUCGUACAAAAUGAUUAUUGGGAACAUAUGUUUGCUAAAAAAAUAAUUACAACAAAUGGAAGUCCUAUCCAAUGCUGCCCAGAAUUGUUUAGCAGAUCUAUGUUGGUUAGGUUUCUGUAGUUUAUAUUUUCAGUUAUAUGAACAGGUUUUUGUAUAUAAAUAAUAUAUUUUUAUUACAUUUAUAUCUUAUGAAUUGUAUAUAAAUAAAGAGAUGUAUUGUCAUAAUUAUAAUGUUAUUUUUUAAGUUAUAAUUGAACUGUUCAUAAUUCAAGUUUAUUGUCCCCUACAGGUGAAACUGGAGGGGACUUAUAUGGUUUGCUCUCUGUCUGUCAGUCAGUCUGUAAGUCUGUCAGUCAGUCUGUCAGCCUGUCUGUCUGUCACACUUUUCUGGAUCCUGCAAUUACUUUAAAAGUUCUUCAUAUUUUUCAUGAAACUUGAAACAUGGAUAGAUGGCAAUAUGGAGAUUAUGCACGUCAUUUCAUUUUGUUCCUACGUCAAGAAUUCUGGUUGCUAUGGCAACAAAUAUAUAUAUUUUUUUAAAUCUGACAAUGGUGGAGUUUCACCGGUAGGGGACAAUAUUGCUUGGCAAUCUCUUGUUCAAUCUGCUUUAAUUUUACUUCUCAAUUAAAAUGUGUAACCAUUACUUUUUAGACAAAGCCUAUUGUUGGUUAUAAACUUUAUCUGUAUUUGAUUAUACACGCUGUUAAUAAAGGUUCUCUUGUUUUGAUGAACAAGAAUGUUA